CUCACAGACCUGCAGCGUGGCAGGGACAUAUCUGUCAUUAUGCUGUGGUGAGAUACCCAUCCUCCACUUGAGCUUCACUUCUUUUGAUCAUCUAACAGGUCAUUAUGUCCAACACCACCAUUUGCCACAACAGUACAGCAGACAUCAACAUCUUUCUUGUGUGCAUGUACUCCUUCAUCUUCAUAGUGGGUCUCAUUUUUAAUCUCUUAGCUUUGGUGUUUUUUUUUAGUCAAACCAAAUCUAGAUCACAUACCAUCGUCUACAUGACAAACCUGGCCAUAGCAGAUGUGUUGCUCAUCCUCACGUUGCCCAUGAGGGUCUACUACCAUCUGGGAUAUGAGGGCCUUCCGCAGUGGCUGUGUGAGGUCCUUGGUUUGAUCCUGAAGGCCAACAUGUAUGGGAGCAUCUUCCUCCUCACUUGCAUUUGCUUUGACCGUUGCAUGGCUGUCACCUUUCCGAUGUCAGCUCGUGUCCAGGGAGGAAGAAAGAAAGCGCCGCUGGUUUGUGUCGGGAUAUGGAUGUUCACCUUUGGUGCCAGCCUGCCUAUCUACCUUUCCAAAUCUGCAGACGCUAAAACUAAGGAAUGUUUUGAUAGCCUGCCAGUCUUUGCCAUAAAACCCGUGGUGGUUUUUAUCACUCUGUUUGUAGGGUUUGGAGUCCCACUGGUAAUCAUGCUGAUCUGCUCCUGGGGUUUGGUUCGUGCUGUCCGACGAAGCUCUGUGGCCCAGACCAACCUGGUGGACAGUGGAAAGAUCCAGAGGAUGAUUGCCACCAGCAUUCUUAUUUUUCUACUCAGCUUCCUCCCUUAUCAUGCCACCCUGGUUUUUGUCUAUAUGCAUGGAGUAAAAACAUCAUGCCCAACGCGGGCCGCAUACCGCUACAGCCUGAUGGUGGCAUGUCUUAAUACAGUACUGGAUCCCAUUGCAUACUAUUUUACCACAGAUACCUUCAGGAGGAAAGUAGACAUAAACGCUUUUCGGAGGAUGUUUCCUUUGAAUAGUCAAAGUUCUGACUUAAACAACAGGAGCAGAGUGCCUAACAGCUAAGGGACUGCUGGGAAACCACUCAAUGGACACUGCCAUUCAAAAACUUCAAAGCUGGUUGUCAACAAUGGUGAACUUUUAGUUUGGGAUUGUAUAUAUAUGUUAUCACUGUAGAUGCAGCAUCUGUAAGGGCUCAGUUAUGCUCAACGUUAAAUACAAACACAAACAGAGCCUUCCAUCCGUACCCUUAGUUUAUUUUGUCCGUAUUUGUGCAUGCUUUCUGAGAGCGUACAGAUAAAACAGAGCAGAACCACCAGAGAUCUUGGGGGCAGUGUACCAUAGUUAAAGCAAGAAACAAUCCUUAGAGGUAACAAAGACAUUUAAAGAAUGACAGAACGAAACGAAUUGGAAACAUAGUGAAAAGUCUCCAUCCAUGUGUCAUGAUGUAUUCACCGCCACCGUCUACAACUCUGCCUCCAUUAAAAGAUUCAUUUUUAUGAUCUCGCUCAUCGUUGCCGUGCUUGUUGUUGUGUAAAACUUUGGACUCUGCCCUCUAAUGCCAUCCAUUGACUGUAUCUAUGCCAUCAUAAAGGACGCAUCUAAAAUGGACUUGUCUAUUUUCAUAUUUAAAGGGAAUAUGAAUGAGCCCUUGGUUUAAGUGGUUAUUUUUUGCUUAGUUUCACUUUUUUUUAUCAAUGUCUAGUUGGUAGAUUUUAAUUUUCUGAGAAAGGGCUGACUGAAGUUAUUCUGCAGUUGUACAGCUACGCUCUGGAAUCACUGGAGAAAUAGAACAAAAAGUAUAACUACUGGAUUUGAGGACACGCAACUAAUUGUACUAAUUUUACUGCCAAUUUCUGGAUCCUGCUUGGCUUUUGUUACAUUAUGUGCAUUAACACUGUAACUAAAUUUGUGUUGUCUUAACACAAUAAUUGUACAAUUGGGAUAAUGGUGCAAUGGUUGUUGGUUUCAUAAAGCAACAAAAAUGUUGGAAUAGCCCCUCCACUUCUAUAGCUGUGAGGGGAGGGGGUUUGAAAUUCUGUUCAAUGACCCAACCAGCACUUUGUGUAAUGUGUAAUGUACCUGUAGAACCCAGAGAGCAAUUACGUCUCAAACACCACUCAUAAAAACCAUUCCAUAUUUCAGAGCAGUCCAUGUCCAGGUGAAUGAGGCAGUCACCAAGAAGGCUGCCCUUUGGAGUGUCCAAAAGCCAAAGCAUUGAUUUUUAACCAUUUAUUAUGAUACAUUAAUAUUGUUUUUGUUUUCUUUAAUUAAACAUGUAUUUUUCAUUGCAACAUAUAUUUAUUUUUCAUGGAAGUUCAUCUGGACUAAAGUUGCUUAGCCAAUAAAUGAUAUGAUAUGUUACUAUUGAUUUGUUCAAAUAAUUUAACAAAUAAUUAGCCAUCAUGUGAGAAGAAGUCAGAGUGAAUCGUAGAGCUACAGUGGUUGGCUACUUUUUUUUGCUAAACUGACAAAAAGCAAUUUUUUUUAUAGCUGUCACUUUACCCUAACAAUAGUUC